AUGUUUUCGCGCGGAACGAUCGCCUGGCUCGAAGAUGAGAUACAGAGCUACGCCAGUAGACUGUGUGACAAGAUCCUCGAAGAAUCUGGAAAGGGACCGUUUGACAUUACAGUGGCGUAUAGCUGCUUUGCAUCCGAUGUAAUCUUCCGGUAUUGUUUCGGGGAAAGCAACGGUUUCCUCGACCAAAGUGGAUGGGUGCCAAACUUUCGCGAACCAAGCUUGGCCAUGAUCAGGCUUACGCUUCUGUACAAGUUCUUUCCAUCACUUGUGACACUGCAGAACACUGCUGUGUGGUUCUUGAACUAUCUUCCGUCGGACAUCGCAUUCAUCGUGCGUUCAUUGAAGAUCACCAUACCAGAACUUGCUUUUGAGACUAAGAAGAGGCUGGAUGCGGGGAUCCACUCCGACCGACCUACUAUCUUUGAGACACUUCUUAAUUCGGAUUUGCAAGAAGAGGAGAAAAGACCAGAGAGGCUUGCGGAUGAGGCCGUCCAGAUCGUAGCCGCCGGCACUGAGACAACGAGCUGGACUCUCACUGUGAUCACAUACUACUUGCUUGACAAGCCUGAAUUGUUACAAAGACUGAGAAAGGAGCUCAUUGGAUGUGUCGAGGAUGCCGGGAGACACCCUCAUUGGACAACGCUCGAAAAGCUUCCAUACAUGAGCGCUGUGAUCCGAGAGGGCCUGAGGCUCUCAUAUGGCGUUUCUGGGCCUGUAGCCUUGGAGGCACCCAACGAGGACCUGGUAUACCACGGAACAUUCAACAAAAACCCAGUACGGAUCGUUCUUCCCAGAGGAUGUGCGAUGGCCAUGUCUCCCUAUAUCAUGCACCACGAUGAAAGUGUCUUUCCGGACUCAUACUCUUUCAUUCCGGAGCGUUGGCUGGAUAAGCAGCACCAGGGAAGAAGAGGUCUUGAGAGGGGAUUCAUGGCCUUUUCAAAAGGCCCGAGGACUUGUCUGGGAAUGAAUAUUGCCCUGUGCGAAAUCUAUCUGGCUCUUGCGGCCCUAGCUUUGCGGGUUCUUCCACGCAUGGCGCUCUUCGAAACAACUGAAAGAGAUGUCGCAUAUGAUCACGAUAAGAAUCAUCAGAGCGCUCUUGUGGAGUCGAGAGACGCGGCCGCUUCCCUGAAGGCUCUGCUACCUCGUGCUCGGGUAGCUCGUUCCAAAUCGUGCUUUUGCCCUUUGAUGGCCCUGCCAACUCCGGCGCGUAACGGAUUCGGCUCGAAUAUCAAGAUGGCGGCAGAGCGAGGAGAAUUCAAGCCUGUCCCCGAGAAGCAAGCGCAGAGUCUUCCUGGUCUCGAAAAGGACUUGAAGCCAACUAGCGAGGCAACAAAAUUGGAAGGUAAAGGUGGCUUCACUGAAUAUCUUGCAGCAGGCAAGUUGAAGGGCAACAAAGCCUUGAUUACUGGGGGAGAUUCCGGAAUUGGCCGCGCGGUGGCCGUCCUGUUCGCCCGCGAAGGCUCCGAUGUCAGCAUCGUCUAUCUUCCAGAGGAGCAAGAGGACGCCGAGGAAACCAAGCAACUCGUUGAGAAGGAAGGGCACCAGUGCCUCCUGAUCCCAGGAAACCUAAUGAACAACCAAGAUUGCAAAAUGGCUGUCGAGAAGCAUGUCGAGAAUUUUGGUAAGAUCCAUGUUCUCGUCAAUAAUGCCUCAAAACAGAUCAUGUGCGACAACUUCGCCGAGAUUGAUCUCGACAAUGUGGAGAGCACAUUCCGCAGCAAUAUCCUUCAGAUGUUUGCUGUGACGAAAUACGCUCUCCCGCACAUGGAGAAAGGUGCCUCAAUUAUCAACACCACUUCCACACAGGCCUUCAAAGGCAGCCCCACAACCGUGGACUAUUCAUCCACAAAAGGCGCCAUAGUCUCAUUUACGCGGUCUCUGGGGAAGCAGCUUAUGCCCAAGGGCAUCAGAGUCAAUGCGGUGGCUCCAGGUCCUGUUCACACACCGAUCCAAGCUGCAUCACGGCCGGCAGAGCAGUUGGAGGGCUUCGGCAAAGAAGAGUCUGGGAUUGGUAGACCCGGUCAGCCAAGCGAGGUUGCACCUAGCUUUAUUUUCUUGGCCAGUAAGGAUUCCGAGCUGUAUUACGGGCAAGUCCUCAACGCAUACCCCUUGGGAGACUGA